CAAGCUUUGUGACGUCACAUUCCAGUUGGACCGGCGCUGUGUUCCGUUGUCGAGCUUGCCGGACUGUCGUAGCCGCGGUCGGGUAUAUUUUUUUUUUCUGUUCCCCCGAAGGAAGAUGGCCGCAGGUCCCCUUUCGGUGUCUUCAACCGCGUCAACAAACAACGAUGGCAUCCUCAUCGGUGACAAACUUUACUCCGAAGUGUACCUUACGAUCGACAACUCUCUCAUCCCAGAGGAAAGGCUCUCUCCGACGCCGUCGAUGCUCGACGGCCUCGACCUCCACACGGAGACCGACCUACGCAUACUGGGGUGUGAGCUCAUUCAGUCGGCGGGGAUUCUUCUCCGUUUACCACAGGUGGCGAUGGCGACCGGGCAGGUGCUUUUUCAGCGUUUCUUUUACUCCAAGUCCUUCGUCAAGCAUAGUUUUGAGAUUGUUGCAAUGGCUUGUAUUACCUUGGCCUCCAAGAUUGAAGAAGCACCCAGGCGAUUACGAGAUGUCAUCAACGUUUUCCAUCACCUGAAGCAGAUAAGAGUCAAAAAGACUCCAAGUUCAUUGAUUCUUGAUCAGAACUACUUAAACACCAAAAAUCAAGUCAUCAAAGCUGAGCGCCGUGUUCUGAAGGAACUGGGCUUCUGUGUGCAUGUCAAGCAUCCGCACAAGAUAAUUGUCAUGUACUUGCAAGUAUUGGAGUGUGAAAAGAACCAAACGCUGGUCCAGACUGCCUGGAAUUACAUGAACGAUACCUUGAGGACGAACGUGUUUGUGAGGUUCCAAGCAGAGACCAUCGCCUGUGCUUGCAUCUUCCUUGCAGCCCGGGCUCUGCAGAUUCCCCUUCCCUCCAGACCUCAGUGGUACAUGCUGUUUGGACCAAGUGAUGAGGACAUUAAAGAAGUCUGCAUCACCACCCUUAAACUCUACACAAGGAAGAAGCCCAACUACGAGCACUUGGAGAAGGAGGUGGACCGGCGGAAAGUGUUCUUGGCCGAAGCAAAGUUGAAGGCAAAAGGGCUCAAUCCGGACGGUACCCCAGCAUUAACCAAUCUCGGGGGCUUCUCCCCUGCGUCAAAACCUUCUUCUCCUAACGUGGCCAAAGUUGAAGAGAAGUCCCCCAACAGCCAGACGCUCAAAGCAGUUAAGAAGGAGCCAGACAGCCGCACUCAGAUUACAAAGAGUCCGCACAAUGGGAUGAGGAAGGAGGCGAAGAUGGGACGGACCAGCAGGAGCGGCAGCCGUUCACGAUCCAGAACGCGUUCCCGGUCCAGAUCUCGCUCCCCUCGCAGACAUUACAACAGCAGGCGCAGUCGCUCAGGGACUUACAGUUCUCGGUCGCGAUCGCACAGCCGAAGUCCCUCGCCUCGCAGGCACCCCCCCUCGCCGCUCCUCCCCCACCUCAAAUCAAAGUCCGGCCACCACGGCAACAGCGACUCCAAGAGCGGCGGGCGCCACAACAACAGCGGCAGCGGCCACAAGCGGAAACGCUCGCGAUCUCGCUCCCGCACGCCCCUCAAAACGGACAGGGAGCGGGAGCGAGAGAGGGAAAGGGACCGAGAUCGCGGAGCCUUCGACACGUCUUCAAAGAAACACAAACACGAGCGUGGCGCCGGACAUCGAGGGGACAGAAGGGAGAGGGAGCGGUCGCGCUCGUACGACAGAGACAGAGAGCGAGGCCACAAAGGCAAGCAUCACGGCGCCGGUGCCGGACAUUCAGGACACGGGAGACACAGACGCUGACCCGCAAGGCAUGUCAAGACUUUUCCAAAUUGUAAAUAUUUUCAACCAGCGACGACCUUUGGCAUUUAUGCUUUGCUUUCCUAAAAUGCGUUCAUCAUUUGACGCAAAUGAUGUCAUCAUGGAACCAAUGUUCAUUUUCAUUAAUACACUCGUGAUCACAAACAGAAAAUGGUUCUCAUGUGGUGUCGAGUUUUUCUCACCAGGAGCCAUCGCGGGGGCGCAUCAUGUCUUGUUCGUCUCAUGACUUUUAUUCUCGGUGAGAAUGAUGCGUGAGGGCCCCCCCCCCCAAUCCGUGGCCAGGGGUGGUGUCAUGUGAUGUGCCCCCACUUCCUGUUAGCCUGCUGUAUCCGGUUCAAUUCAGUUGCAGUUUUGAGGGCAAGCCAUCUAUUUAUGGUGUAAAGUUGGAUUGACAUCCACCGGUAUUAAGUCAAUGCUUUAUUUUUUUUAAAGCAAGCUAGGAUGAAAAUGUCAAAGCGUUCAGGAAUGUUGCAAGCGGGUAUUUUUCUUCCCCAAGGUUUACAUUUUAGUUUUUGUUCACUUUCCAAAGAGCUGUUUAUUCCCCCACACUCUUUACUUAAUAUUCUAUCAGAAUGCAGACUUUAUUUGAGAAUUUGCGACUGUCAAAUGGUUACAGUGGUUUUUAGUCUACACGAAAAAAUAAUGGGCAAAUUUUUACUCAAUAAAUGCGUUAUAGCACUCA